UUCCAAAGCUGGAGGACUUUUCAGGAAAAAAGAAAAAACUUCUGUGUGUGUGUGUGUGUGUGUGAGAGAGAGAGAGAGAGAGAGAGAGAGAGAGAGAGAGAGAGAGAGAGUAACAACCAUUUCUAUGAAAAUUCAUUUUCUCCUAACAGAGCUCUGAUCCGAGUCAACUCAGUCUUAACUCGUCGGUGACUCAACGUACAUCUCCUUCUGCGAUCAUUACGUUGAAUUUAUGAUUUGAGUGGAGAUUUUUUAGGGAAGAUGAGUGAAGUUUUUGAGGGAUAUGAGAGGCAGUACUGUGAACUCUCUGUCAGUUUGUCUCACAAAUGCAGUUCUGCUGCUCUUUUGCCUGAUGGAGAGCCGAAAAAGCAACAGACAUCCGAACUUAAAGUGGGAUUGGAUGAUGCAGAUGUGUUGAUACGGAAAAUGGAUCUUGAGGCAAGAAGUUUGCAGCCGAGUUUAAAAGCAGCACUACUUGCGAAACUAAGGGAAUACAAAUCAGAUCUGAAUAAACUGAAGAAAGAAGUUAAUAAACUAGCCUUGACUGGUGCUAAUCAAGCUGCCCAUGAUUUAGAGUCUGGAAUGAUGGAUCCACAUGCAGCUUCUGCAAAUCAUAGGGAACGCUUAGCAAUGACAACAGAGAGGCUAGAUCAGUCAAGUGACAGAAUCAGGGAGAGCCGGAGGGCUGCCCUGGAGACUGAAGACCUUGGUGUCUCAAUCCUUGGGGAGUUGCAACAACAGCGUGAAUCACUGCUAAAUUCACAUAAUAGGCUUCAUGGUGUGGAUGAUGCCAUUGACAAGAGCAAGAAGGUCUUGACUUCUAUGUCUAGAAGGAUUAGCCGAAACAAGUGGAUUAUGGGCUCUGUAAUUGGAGCCCUUAUCCUGGCAAUCAUUAUUAUCCUGUAUUUCAAGCUUUUCCGCCAUUGAGUACCAUUCAUUGAGAGCUUGGAUGUAAAUCUAGUUUGUUUUCUUGUAUCUGGCUUUUAUGCUCUACGGGUUUACUUUCAGUUGCAUUUUAAUGUAUAUCCUGAAUUAUUAAACUGUUUGAUACUCUUAAGGGAAAAUAAACACUUGAUUGUCAGAUUACCAGUUA